UGGUUCGCUCAGAGGUAACAGAUAGGUUUAAUUUAGUCGCUAAGAUCACAUCGUACAUCUCGGAGCCUCUCUGCCUUUUAAGCAUUGCUGUCUACAUUGCUUUCUGGACAUUCUCCCUAAAAUAAGCUGUGCGUGUCAGCCGCUACACCCUGCACGGAGCGAUGGGAGAGGCCGAGACGCGUCAGAAAUUGCUGCGCAAUGUGAAGAAAGAGGUGAAACAAAUUAUGGAGGAGGCAGUAACGAGGAAAUUUGUGCACGCAGACAGCAGUCACAUCAUAUCCUUCUGUGCCGUAGUGGAGGCCUGCGUGCUUCAUGGAUUAAAGCGUCGUAUUGCAGGCCUGCUGUGCAGCAACAAGGUUGCAGCGCUCUUCAUGAAGGCGGCAAAAAGCUUUUUGCCUGCCGAGGAACUCUGCCACAAGGUCCAGGAGCUGGAACAGCUCAUUGAAAACAGCAAGCAGAACAAUUCUUCACUGAGUAAUGACCGCGGCCGGCAAUCCAAGUUGGCCAACCUCCCCCCUCAGGCACUAAAACACCUGUGGAUCCGAACUGCACUUAUGGAGAAGCUCCUGGACAAGAUUGUCCUGUACUUGGUGGAGAACAGCAGUGCCUUCUAUGAGAAAGAAGCCAUGCUGCUGGAUCCUGUGGAUGGACCAAUUCUUGCAUCUCUAUUGGUUGGCCCUUGUGCUUUGGAGUACACCAAAGUUAAGACCGCUGACCAUUUCUGGACAGACCCAUCUGCUGACGAGCUUGUGCAGCGGCACCGCAUCCACAGCGGCCACUGUCGGCAGGAUUCACCCUCCAGACGGCCUGCCCUGAUCCAGAAGAGGCAGUCCAGUGGGAGCAUGGAUGAUCGCCCUCUCAUGUGGGUGAGGGAUUACGUUGAAUCACUCCACCAAAACUCCAGAGCCACACUUCUGUUUGGAAAGAACAAUGUCCUGGUGCAGCCGAGAGAUGACAUGGAGGCCAUCCCAGGCUACCUUUCUCUUCAUCAAACUGCAGACCUCAUGACACUGAAAUGGACGCCCAAUCAGCUGAUGAAUGGCAAUCUAGGGGAGCUAGAUUCUGAGAAAAGUGUUUACUGGGAUUAUGCCAUGACAAUUCGUUUGGACGAGAUUGUGUAUCUCCACUGUCAUCAGCAAGUGAACAGUGGUGGGACAGUAGUUUUGGUGAGCCAGGAUGGGAUCCAGAGACCUCCUCUACAUUUCCCCAAAGGAGGCCACCUCCUCCAGUUUCUCACCUGCCUGGAGACCGGGCUGCUACCUCAUGGACAGCUGGACCCACCACUCUGGAAUCAGAGAGGAAAGGGAAAGGUUUUCCCCAAACUGCGAAAGAGGAGUCCACAUGGCUCAUGUGAUUCUGUGUCAGAUAAGGAAGACGAUGAAGCAACCGAUUAUGUGUUUCGGAUCCUAUUUCCUGGCAAUCAGAUGGAGUACAUGGCUCUGGAGCUGAUGGACCAGGGCGUGAACAUGUGGCAACCGACGCCCAGAAAGUCCUCGUGCUCCUCCUGCUCACAGAAUGGCUCUUCUGAUGGCUCUCUGCUUAAUGGCUGUAAUCAGGAAAGGGCUCCCUUAAAGCUCCUUUGUGACACAAUGAAAUACCAAAUAAUCUCCCGAGCUUUCUAUGGAUGGCUUGCAUACUGCCGCCAUCUGUCUACAGUUCGUACCCACCUUUCUGCUCUGGUCAACACCACUAUAGUUGACCCUGAUGUGCCCUGUGGUGCCAGUGGAGGCCUCUCUGUGGAGGUCUGGGGCAGGUUCCUUAAGGACAGCACUGCGUAUGAGGAAAAGGAGAUACACAGGCUUGUAUAUUUUGGUGGUGUGGCUCCUUCACUACGCAAAGAGGUCUGGCCCUUCCUGUUGGGACACUAUCAGUUCACCAUGACUGAGAAAUGCCGGCUAGAGAUUGAUGAGCAGAUGCGGACAAUGUAUGAGCAGACUAUGAAGGAGUGGCAAGGUUGUGAGGCCAUUGUCCGUCAGAGGGAGAGAGAGAAACAUGCAGAGGCCCUCGCCAGAUGUUCGUCUGGAGCCAGUGUGGAAAGAGGACCAGUGCAGCGGGAUUCGACUAUCAGUACAGAUUCGUCUCUCAGUAGCAGCUCAGAUCAACAGAAUGCCCACUCGCAAAGUGAUUCCAGCAGUAGCGCCCAGGUGUUUCUAUCAGUUGAGGCAGUGGAUCCAAUUGAGUCCAGGGCUGAGGAAGGUGUAGUACAGCACAGCAGUCCACUGAAGGACAUCACGAGUGACACUGCAGAUCUACAACAUCCCUCCUGCAACCCCUCCUCCCAAAGCCUGUCAAAUCAACGUCCAGGUUCAGAAAACAAUCCUCUUGUAACGGAGUCAGCUGCUGGAUCUACAACCUCUCAGCAGACAGUGGAAGCAUCAGAGGUCUUAAAUGAGAAAACUACAACUGGAUCAGAGCCAGUAGGGGAGAAUGUAAUGGGCCCUGUAGCCAAGGACAAGGUUUCAGAGACAAAGAUGGAGACAGUUUCAGAAAGUGAGGUGGUUAAGGACUGUGGGAUCAGUAAGUCUCAAGAGGCAUCUAAAUCUGAGGAAAAACCAGAAGUCAAAGAAAAAGAUAUAACAACAAAUGAGCGAUCUGAAGAUUUAAAAGCAGUAGACACAAAUAAGAAUUUAAGAUGUAUUCCAGAGAACACUAAUGUCCUAAAGCUAGAAACAGAGAUUCAUAACGAAUAUUUCCAAGCACCUCCACUUGGGCAGACCCUGACCUUCCAAGCACACAAGGGCAAAGAUCUGGAAGUGGAGCCAUUAUGUCUGGCUACAGCAGAAAAAAAUACUAAUCCACCGACUGGAAAAAAGCCAGAGAUUCCUGCAAAACCUGAAACAACUUCUGACAAAAACACAUCACAACUGACAAAGGCCUGUUCCACGGAGUCAGAAAGAAAUGAUGCUGAAGCAGCAGUUUCUGACUUGGCUGAAACCAAAAAAGCUGCAGAAAUUCCGUUUGAGAAAGCUGGUUCAAAUUCACCUGUCAGACACGUACUGAAUGCUCUUCAGUCAGCGUCAAGGGGGAGCCUUUCAUUAUCAUCCCACUCACGGCAGUCUCCAGACACAGCAGAUUCAGACGACUCUCCUUCUGCCCUGGAAAUGGAGGAGAUUCCUGCAGGGAUAACAUGUGUGACCUCUGAGAAUAUCAAGGCACGGCCUUUGGCAGGCCUUGCCCCACCCCCUAUCUUCUUUGCACAAAGAGAGAAAAUGGCAUCAGUGGACCUUGUCCUAGAUCACCAUCUGGACACAGCUUGUAACACCAGUCCUGAGGGCACCGACUUGGGCCUUUCGGAAGAUGAGCCUGAGAUGGAAAAUGUGCUCACUGAACCAGAGUCUGCAGAGGUCGGAGGAGACACCAAACACGAUGAAUCCUCAGAAGAACAAAUCUAUUCUCAAGAAACACUGGACAUGUACUUGAUCAAUUUACAUCGCAUUGACAAAGAUGUCAGACGUUGUGACAGGGCAUAUUGGUACUUCACUCCUGAGAAUCUGGACAAGCUGCGUAACAUCAUGUGCAGUUACGUGUGGCAACAUCUGGAGAUAGGUUACGUCCAGGGCAUGUGUGAUCUGCUGGCUCCCCUGCUGGUUAUUCUGGACGAUGAGGUCAUGGCAUUUAGCUGUUUCACUGAACUGAUGAAGAGGAUGAACCAGAAUUUUCCUCAUGGAGGCGCCAUGGACUCUCACUUUGCCAACAUGCGUUCUCUUAUCCAGAUCCUGGACUCUGAGCUGUUUGAACUGAUGCAGCAGAACGGAGACUAUACUCAUUUCUACUUCUGUUAUCGUUGGUUUCUGCUUGACUUCAAAAGAGAAAUGGUGUAUGAUGAUGUGUUCUCCGUGUGGGAAACAAUCUGGGCGGCCAAGUACACCUCCUCUGAGCACUUUGUGCUCUUCAUUGCUCUGGCACUCGUGGAGAUGUAUAGAGACAUCAUCCUGGAAAAUAACAUGGAUUUCACAGACAUCAUCAAGUUUUUUAAUGAAAUGGCAGAGCGACACAACGUCCCGCAGGUCCUGAUGAUGGCUCGAGACUUGGUCCACAAAGUGCAGACUCUCAUAGAAAACAAGUGACGAUGCUGUUUGGCUGCUGCUCCCACGUUUCCUUGUGCUGAAUUGUUUCAAGAUACGGACACGCCCACAUAACAGUCAUGUAUUUAAGGGGAAAGGAAUCAAUGUUAAUGAAAUACAGUGAUUGGUAAGUACUGGAAAGACUGGUAAUUAAAACUGCUCGUUAUUCUAAGACAGUUGUGCAACAGCUUCUCUCCGGUUGCUCCUUUCUAUAUUCAGGAGAUGCAACUAUUGCCAGUAAAUGUAUUUUUAAAGUGUUAUUGUUCACCUAGUGAAUGUACCCUUGUUGAAACUGCUUCAGGAUGUUAUUUAUUUUGCCUUAAAUCUAGAUAUUGUUUCAGGGAUACCACAACCAAAUUCUUCAUUGUAUUGUCAUUCCACAUAUUUCACGAGGUUAACGUUGUUUAAUAACUACCAUACAUCUUGUAAUACACUUGAAUAUAUUUCCAGUAUUAUUAUUUUGCUGAAAUUGUAGCUACCAUGAUUAAACAUCUUGUGAUGCACUUAAAAUAUAUUUUCAGUAAUAAUGUCUGGCAUUAUUGGAUGAUAUGGUUUUGUAAACAUUAGAGAUACUAGCUAAUACUGACCGACCCCUUGCUCAGGUCAGUGCUAGGUUGUGUCCAAGUAGCAUGUGUGGUUUGCUUCUCAAUAGCCAUUUUGAGGGCCGCUUGCUGGCUUCUCGGAGGCUCCUCUUCCCGUGUUUGCCUCUGAUGCACACAAGCUUGCAGGAUAUCCAGACCAAACCUGUGAACUCUGUGCAGUCCUGCAUGAUUGCACAUGGUUUGCAUAAACCAAAUCGCCCUUUCCUCUGGCACGCGACCAAGUUCUCGCACAGUGUGUUCCUUCCCUCUCCAGCCUUCUCUAUGCAUUAAUUUAGGUGUGAUUCAUCCUGCUUAAUUUCAUGCUUUGACCCCUCUCCUUUUUAUUUCUGUGCAGACCAAUGCUUUUGGAAUCAGCUGGUUCAAAUGGUUAAUGCAGACACUCAGUACAGCCUGCUUACCUUAACACACUGCUGCUCAGGCUGAAGAAUUCAGCUGCUCUGGUUCUCAUGACAUCAAGACAGUACAGUGCUAACAGGUUCUGCUUCCUUUCAGCAUUGCGAGGGCUGCUGUGAUGGUUUAUUUUGGGCUGAUGGAAAACUCAAAGGCUUGUGCAGUAAAAGCAGCAUGCUUCUUUUGCACUCUGAACCUCUCUCUUUCACUUCCACCUUCAGAGCACUUUCAUGAUUUUCUGCCUCGGUCUUGCCCUGCCAGUCUUGGUUGCCUUGUUUUUAACAUUCUCUACUUAAUUGUUUUCAUAUGCCCAAGCUUCAUUAUUACCUCAAGAGCCCCAUGUUCAUGCCCGUUACAUAGGAGCUAACCACUUAACCUCUCAGUUGAGGCUAAGCCAGUAUCACAUUCGUGGACACCUUGCCUCAGUUACAGUACAUUUUUCCUGUUAUGCUAGUGUGUACACAGUGUGUACCUCCAUUUAUUUAUUUGAAAGAGCAGUCAAAUUGACGGUCGGCCUGCCUCAUUGUAUCUAAUGCCCUCUAAUUCCUCCCUGUAAUAGUCACCAGAUUAAACAUCUGAUCUUUUUGAAGGCAUCAUUAAGUUUUCACAGUACUAAGUACCAGAGGGUCGACUUAUUACAUUUAAAGGGUCAGUUCAGUGGUAGCUAGUUAGUGUUAUGUAGCCAUGAAGAUAUUUUUGGUUUUAUGUGUGAAUGUGAUCUUUGAGAUAAACACCGCUAAUCCAAUACAGUGGAGGUGAAUGUCUCUUAUCAAACACAAUGUCCGGGAGACCUUGAUGUCAGUCGUUUAAAUUGACCGUAUUUGGUGUAGAAAGUAAUUCCAAAGUAAUCCCAGUAAGGUCUGUGAACGUGAUCUGUUUGACAGAAAUUUCAUAUAUAUAUAUAGAUAUCAUAAAAUCUCAGCAGAUAAAUACAAAACUAUCUACAUGGCUGUAUGCCAGCUUGAGUAUGUCAGAAAAUAUGAUUUAUUAGUGCCAUUCACUGUUGCAAAAUAGCCUAAACACACCCAUGUUUGGGUCACUGUGGCUUAAAUUCCAGUGUUACAGCUAAUGUGUCUCCAUAAGAUCUUCUAAAACAUGGUUGAGUAUCGCUGUUUUUGUCUUGCUGUGUUUGUUGUCAGAAGAUUUACUGUAUACAAUGUGUUAAAGAGAAAUGAACUUAUCGUAGAACUAUGUAUUAAUGAAAUGCAAUACAGUGUCUGUAUAGGGGCUUUAUCUGAUAAUGAUGGACUGAUAUGCCAUUGGAAAUAAAUAUAUUUUUUAUUUUUUUGUGUCUUCUCAAAUUGUCACCUGGUAUAAUUAAUUUAUUGCAAUUAAAAAUAUUAUAUUUUGCAUUC